GCGAGCCGGAGAGAGAGAGGCAGGGGACGAGCUCUGCACCGGCUCCACCGACACACUCAGAGUGUGAGAGGGAGAGAGAGAGAGUGUGUGUGUGUAUGUGUGUGUGUGUGUGCAGCAGAGAGCGAGAGAGGCAGAGAGACAUACACACUGACUGAGGGGACAGAAGAGACACAAACGCUUGAGCAGAUUAUUCCUCUUAAGUUUUGUUUUCAUUUGAAGAAGAGGACAGUAAGAGAGAAUAUUUGACAGACAGGUGAAUCAGACAGACAGGUAAAACCAGGUGACCCUCCUCUACACUCUCCUCUAAUGAUGGACGACUACAAUCUCCCCUUCUGGAUCUACACCGGGGUCCUGACGGUGUUCAUCUGUGGGGCCAUGAAGAAGAUUUUGGCGUCCCACCUGAGCGCCACCCCCACCCUGGUGGCCUGGCUGGGGGCCACCGUGCUGGUGGAGCGUUUGUGGGCGUUUUGCCUGCCGGCCGUGCUGCUGAUGGCGCUGCUCGUCCUCGCCUGCUGCAUUUACUUUGCCACCAGGACCGGCUCUCCGCCCGCCACACUACCAGCCCACGGCAAAGCUGUACUCAUCACAGGUUGUGAUUCUGGUUUUGGGAACGCGACUGCAAAGUGUCUGGACGCUCUGGGCUUCGAGGUGUUUGCGACGGUGCUGGACCUGUCAGGAGACGGAGCCAGAGAGCUGCAGAGGACCUGCUCCCCACACCUCACCCUCCUCCAGGUGGACAUCACCCAGCCGCAGCAGGUCCAACAGGCGCUGCUCGACACCAAAGCCAAACUGGGCCUCAAAGGUCUGUGGGGUCUGGUGAACAACGCCGGCGUGUGUGUAAACUUCGGAGACGCCGAGCUGUCCCUGAUGUCCAACUUCCGCGGCUGCAUGGAGGUCAACUUCUUCGGCACCCUGAGCGUCACCAAGAGCUUCCUGCCGCUGCUGAGACACGCCAGAGGUCGCAUCGUCACCAUCUCCAGCCCUGCCGGUGACCAGCCGUUCCCCUGCCUGGCCGCCUACGGAGCCUCUAAAGCAGCUCUUAACCUCCUCACCAACACUCUGCGACACGAGCUCGAGCCCUGGGGGGUCCAAGUGUCCACCAUCCUGCCCUCCGCAUACAAGACCGGUCAGUCCAGUAACCACGCCUACUGGGAGCAGCAGCACAAACAGCUCCUGCAGGGAAUGUCUCCGGCGCUGCUGGAGGAGUACGGCGAGGACUACGUGACCGAGACCAAGGAGCUGUUCCAGAGCCACGCCAGCCAGUCCAACCCCGACCUCAGCCCCGUCGUCGACACCAUCGUCCAGGCGCUGCUGUCGCCGCAGCCGCAGGCGAGUUACUACGCGGGGCCCGGCAUCGGCCUCAUGUACUUCAUCUACAGCUACUGCCCCUUCAGCAUCAGCAACCGCUUCCUCCAGAACCUGUUUGUGAAGAAGAAGGUGAUGCCGCGUGCUCUGAGGAAGCAGUCGGGCUACAACCUGAACCUCAGCCUCCACAACAACAACAACAACAACGAGGAGAAGCUAAAAUAACUGUGAGACUGUAGAAACCUCCUGCAGCCAUAGAGGACCACUUCUGUAUCGCACUCAUAGAGCUGUUUCCUUUUUUUUUUUUGUAUUUCAAACUGUUGAAGGGAUCAUAGUGAUGCACCAAAAUGGUUUCUGAUUGUUUCUGGCCUGGCCUCAAAACGCCCCUGGAGAGGUCAGGAAUGGAGAGCAAGGACACACCUGCAGGGUCGUUGGGUGGGGUGGGGGGGGGGGGGGUGGAGGUGUUCUGGUAGAGGUAGCGGUAGCUGUGCAGCUGCAGUUGGAGCAGCGAGAUGAACUGUACUGUACACACACACCGAGAGUCGCUCUGACUUCAUGUGCCUUCAUCACAGCAACACACAAGAUGGAAAAGGGGGGGGGGACAUACAAGUCUGAAUCGAGCACUACAGCAGCUUGUUUUAAACAGGUUGAACUUAAAUUGAAUGAAAAACUGCCAAAAAUGUGGAUGCAGGCCAAUUCCAGGGGCUGCAGAUAAAUCAAACUGGGUCUUUUUAUCAUCAGUAUGUCCUCCUGCUAACUUUAGAUUCUGGUCCUGAAUGCUCUGGAUUUGUUUGGACCAGAGAAGGUAGGCGGUUUUAAGGCGACCCCACACGGCCGUUUUGGAUGCCCCUCGGUUUGCCAGAUAUGAGACCAGUUAUCAGGUCAAUCCAACAGGUGUUGCAGCGAUGGAAGCGGGCAAGAGAAGUGGUUCAGAUAGAAGUGAUUGUACCUGACCUAAAAAGCCUCUGCAUGUUUCUAAUAAGCUCCACGAGCAGAAACGUGUUCAAACUAGGAUCAAUAUUGGACAUGCUUUUUGAAAAAUGGAGAGAAGUUAGAACACAGAAAGGUUUACAGACCGAUGCAGAGCUGGAUAAACACUGAAGCUUCAGUGUCCACCACAUGGCAACCUGUGUGAGUAUCGACUCUAGAGAGGAGGGGGCGGGGGGAGACAGCUCUCUACAAUGUUUAGAAUUUGGACUGCAGUAUCCGUUUUAAACACUAGGUGUCAGAGUUACAUGCUGCUCCUUUAAAUUCUUAGGUAAUAAACAACAAGAGGAUGGUUGAUUUUUUUCUCUAAAGCAACAAAACUCUGACUCCACUCGUGUGGUACAUCAGGAGCCUUUAAACAUACCCACUCAAUAAGACAAGCUGCUGUAGUGACACCUCCGAUCAUCAGCCCACAUAUUGAUAACUCUCUGUUUGAAAGUUAUCCAUGUUGAAAUGGAAGAAUAUAUCUCCACCUGUAAUCUGAGUCUGUGCACCUUUUCACCGAUACUUCUGCAUUCAAGCAGCAGAAACACUGACACUGAAUCCUCCAGACUAAAGCCCUUUUCAGACUGCUGCGAUAUUUACGACAUCUCACCUUCAAUCUAAAUGUCACAGGGGUGUAAUGGGGAGCGAUCCCCCCUCUGUACCAUUUUCAGAACUAGUAAGAGAGGCGUUUCAAAGGCGAGGCGGUUUCAGGGGAGCGCAGCGGUGUGUGUGUGUGUGUGUGUGUGUGUGUGUGUGUGUGUGUGUGUGUGUGUGUGCGCGUGCAUGUCUGACUGUGUGUGUAUGUGGAGUUCCCACUGGUCCGUAUUUCAUGGCUGAGUUCAGUUAUUGGACUUUUGCAACAAAAAAAGCAGUCUGAAAAGGGCUAAAGACACAAAAUCAAGCUGAUGUUUCCUUUUAGUGAUUCACACAAAACAAAAGUAACUUUAUUGCAGAAUCUUCAGACCCAGACACAAGUUUGCAUAUCAGUUCGGGCGUGUGGCCUUCAAAAUAAAAGCACAAACACUUUAAUGGAUCUAGAUUUUAAAACUUAAUUUCAUUGCUCUAUAACAGCAUUUUAACAUGGUCAGAUUUGGACUGAUUUUCAUGAUAGAUCAGAUACUUCCGCAUAUUUAUCAGAAAAUAAAACUAAAUAAGUGUGCUUUAAUUAAAAUGUCGAACAAACAACGUUUUCUUCUCAGAAACAUCACUUAUUCUCCCAGCAGGAGGUGUAUGAAUUUUCUUUCUCCACAAAUAAUUUAAUUUUGAUUUGAUGAGUUCAAACCACAGACCAGUUUAUCCAUUCAGACACUGAGUGUAUCUCCACAUCGAGGCUCUUUGAACAUAACAUCAUCUUUGUGUUUUUUCAUCAUUAAAUAUGUGAACAUUUUAAAACACCGUCCUUAUUCCAAAUGAAACAGGUCUUGUAUUGCGGUGCGGAUGGGAGUGUGAGAGAGGGAAUGUUUUUGAUAAACAGCUCUGGAAAAAAUUAAGAGACCACUGCAAAAUUAUCUGUUUCUCUGAUUUUACUAUUUGUAGGUAUGUGUUUGAGUAAAAUGAACAGUUUUGUUUUAUUCUAUCAACUACUGACAACAUUUCUCCCAAAUUCCAAAUAAAAAUAUUGUUAUUUAGAGCAUUUAUUUGCAGAAAAUGCCAAAUGGUCAAAAUAACAAAAGCUGCAGUGUUUUCAGACCUUAAAUAAUGCCAAGAAAACAAGUUCAUAUUCAUUUAUACACAACACAAUACUAAUGUUUUAACUGUGGAAGAGUUCAGAAAUCAAUAUUUGGUGGAAUAACCCUGAUUGUCAAUCACAGCUUUCAUUGGCAUGCUCUGCAGCAGUCUUUCAAAUUGCUGUUGGGUGACUUUAUGCCCCUCCUGGCGCAAAAAUUCAAGCAGCUCAGCUUUGUUUGAUGGCUUGUGACCAUCCAUCUUCCUCUUGAUCACAUCCCAGAGGUUUUCAAUGGGGUUCAGGUCUGGAGAUUGGGCUGGCCAUGACAGGGUCAUGAUCUGGUGGUCCUUCACCCACACCUUGAUUGACUUAGCUGUGUGGCAUGGAACAUUGUCCUGCUGGAAAAAACAAUCCUCAGAGUUGGGGAACAUUGUCAGAGCAGAAGGAAGCAAGUUUUUCUUUCAGGACAACCUUGUACGUGGCUUGAUUCAUGCGCCCUACGCAAAGACGAAUCUGCCCGAUUCCAGCCCUGCUGAAGCAAUCCCAGACCGUCACCGAUCCUCCACCAAAUUUCACAGUGGGUGCGAUACACUGUGGCUUGUAGGCCUCUCCAAGUCUCCGUCUAACCAUUACAUGACCAGGUGUUGGGCAAAGCUGAAAAUUGGACUCAUCAGAGAAGAUGACCUUACUCCAGUCCUCUAUGGUCCAAUCAUUAUCGUCUUUUGCCAAACCUCAGCCUGGCUCUUCUUUGCUUCUCAUUGAUGAAGGGCUUUAUUCUAGCUUUACACGACUUGAGCCUUGCCCCUAGGAGCCUGUUUCUAAAUGUUCUCACCAUGCACCUCACCCCAGCUGCCAUUUGGCAUUUUUUUUGUAGGUCACUUGAUGUCAUCCUACUGUUUCUGAGUGACAUUCAAAUGAGUUGACGGUCAUUCCGUUCAGUGGAGAGCUGUUUUCGCCCUCUGCCGGUCUGUAGCUUUGUUGUCCCCAAUGUCUGCUGCUUGACCUUGUUCUUAUGAACAACUGUCUUGGAAAUUUUAAGGAUGGAAGCAAGCUGAUGCUCACUGUAACCCUCUGCCAGUAAAACCAUAAUUGAACCCUUCUUUUCCUCACUCAAAACUUUUAUUUUCAACUCUUGGAAUGGUCAAUAAUUAUCUUUUUACUCCAAUUACUUUUGAGGUACUACUAGCACUGUUUUUGCCAUCCAGCUGGUCCUAUUGCAAGAGGAUAGUGAUGACCACAGCAGUGGUUUUUAUACUUUUCCUCUUUUAAUAAGAUUUGGAAUCAGGUGAUCACCUAAACAGUUCCUCAUUAAGUAGAAUGAGGUGUGCUUGUGUUGGAAUUCAACAGACACUGGAAUGGAAUGGCUUUCAUACAUGUAGAGAUGCUGAUUUCAGAAAAAAUUGCAGUGGUCUCUUAAUUUUUUCCAGAGCUGUAUAUACAGUAUAUAUUUGCACUUCUAUGUUCUUUGAGUGUGUUGUUCUCUGUGGGAAACCGUCCGUCUCUCAGCAGACCCUCAAACAUUUAUUUUUAUUUUCAGCCCACUUUUUGUUUUUUUGGAAUCAAACUAUUUAUGACUCAUUUCUCUUUUAUCAGCACUUAAACUGUGAAUUUUGUAUUUAAAGACGUUUUUUUUUAAAACAACAAAAAAAUAUGAUGUAAAAUGUUCUUUUGGUUCAUUCUUUGAUAGAAAAUAAAGUUGACUUUUUCAGA